CGUGGGAGUAACUAGGAAAUGUCUUGGUUACUAAGGAGAGCUGCAGGAUGGAAUAAAGGCGAUUUUUCUUGAUUAAAGAGCAAAAUAUCGACAGAUUGUUUUUGGAUAUCGAGAGAGGGCAACUCAAUUCAUCAAACACAAGGUCAAUGGCUCUGCCUACCCUCUCAACCCAUAUGCCCAGCCGGUCCCGGAUGUUGGCCAGACAGCUGGCCCGGCAGCGGGAGCAGGAGGCUCGGUGGCGGCAGCAGUGGGAGCUUCAUGCUCAGUACUUCAAAGAGCAGAGUGUCCGCAGCCACAAACAGGAAGUAUGGAGCUCCAGACAGUCUUACCAGCAGAGUAUGUCAGCAUACCAUAAAAAGACACUGGAGGAGGAAAAGAGGGCCAGCUUGGAGCAGCGCAGGAAUCGGCUCAGGGCCAUGCUCAAAGAGGAGCAGGACCAGCUGGAGGCAGAGCUCAGAGGAGUGGUGCCUGACAGGAGAACACUGGCGGGCGGGUUGGUGCAGAAAACUGAAGAGCUUCGCACAGCAAGAGAGGAGAGAAGAAAGAAGCUUGCACAAGAGCUUCUCAGGGAACACUGGAGGAAAAACAACCCAGAGCUGCGAGAGGUCGAGUCAGCAUUACAUAAAGAUCAUGUUGUCAGCCAAUGGCAGGGGCAGAUAUCUGAGAGGAAACGGCAAGAAGUAGCUGUGCAGGAGGAAAAGAAACGUUACGAAAACGAGUACGAGAGGGCCCGAAAAGAAGCCCUGGAGAGGAUGAAGCAAGCAGAGGAGAAGAAGAAAAUAGAGGAGCAGAAGAGGACGGAGGAACUUAAAAAGCAGAUGGAAGAGCUGAAGCUUAGAGAAGAGGAGGCAACUUGCCUCAAAAAGGAGCAAGAGGCUCUGCUGAUGAAGCAAUGGGAACUGGAAAAAAUAGAGGAGGAGAGGAUGAAAGUGGAGGAGAGAAGGAAGAAGUCAGAGAUGGGGCAUUUCCUGAUCCGUCAAUAUCGUGCUCAACUGAAGAGGAGAGCCCAGCAAGUGCAAGAAGAACUGGAGUCUGACCGGCAGAUCCUGUCAGCAAUGCUGGAGGGAGAGCAGGAGGACUUGAGGAUGGAGUCUGAACGGAGGGAAAGGGCCGUCGCUGAUGCUGCGUGGAUGAAACGUGUGAUUGAAGAGCAGCUCCAGCUGGAGCGGGAGAGGGAGGCGGAGUUUGAAAUCCUACACAGAGAGGAAGCCCAACGGGUGUGGGAGAAACGAGAAGCACAGUGGGAGAAGGAGAGGAAAGCCAGAGAGCGGCUUAUGAGAGAGGUGCUAGCGGAGAGACAGAAGCAGCUGGAGCUGAAAGUGAAGAAGAACCGCGAAGCUCAGGAGGAGUCCCUGAAGAGACGAGAGGAGCUGAUUCAGGAGCUGGAGCAGGAGAGGGAGAUGAGACGGCAAGAGGUGGAGUUGGAAGAGGGUCGCAGGACGGCACGGAUGCAAGAGAUAAAUGCUCAGGUGGAGCAGCAGCAUCUCAAGCAGCUGGAGGAGCAGCGCAGGAUAGAGCAGGAGGAGGAAGAGGACAGGGAGGCUCUUCAGAUCCAAGAGGAGGAGCUAAGGGAAGAGAUCCACAGGAUGGCCAAGAGGGGUUACCAAGAGAGGAUUCACAGCAGACCUCGGUCAGCCUGGACUUGAGCACCUGGUUGGAAUGAAAUCAAAACAGAAUUGAGAGAUGUAUUUUUCUACAUGUUAUUAGCUUUAAAGGACAGUUCACGUUUUGAUUGAUGUAAAGAAGUAUUCACAUCCCUACAGUCCACUUUCCUGGUUUUUGCUUUCUUGCUGAAUCAGGAAGGAUAUUGAAAACAGGAGAGGAUUCAUACACUGAAGGAGGAAAAAAUAAAUUGAUACAAGUAUUGCAGACUUUAAAGCCAUACUUCCUCAAUGAGUAAAAUUUCCAAUGCAUUGUUUGCAUGUUGUCCCCAUUUUCUUACCUAAGAUUUGUGUAAAAUGUUUUUUUUUUCACUUAGUUUGUAGAGGAUCAACAUUUUCAUCAAAAUGCCUUAAAUGCACGUUAGCACUUCUUUUAUGACUGAUUUGAAAAUGUGGUCCUUCCUUUCUUGCCGUCAAAGGACUGAAGUAUUAAUGUAGGUGUGAGUCUGCGUCAUCUUUGUUUUUGUAAUUUAAUGCUGGUUGUUUGCAAAUUUAGAGAGGAACUGUUUGAGAUUUUGCACCAAUGGAUGUGUGUAUU